GUGCUGGAUCAGUUGGCGCCCUUCACCAACGGCCACGAGAUAUAUCGAGGCAUUAAGCGGUGCACCGUGGUGGGGGAAUCCGAUGAGGAGCUCAAGCCGUGGAAGGAACUCACGUCGAAGGCGCAGACCUUGUUUGACUUCCGCACCGCUUUCCCCACGGAGGGACCGGAGGCGAUCCCCGUCAAGUUCGAUUUGAUCAUUACCGGAAACGACAAGGUUGAUCUGGAAACCCUCAAGCCCAUGUUGAACGAGGGUGGUCGUCUGGUGGCUUGGGACCAACAGGUCCCAGAAAAGUCGAUCACGAUCCCUGAGGGCUUUGAAGGCACCGAGCUGUUACUUGACGAGCAGCAUAUUACUAUUGCAACUCUGCGCCGUGCGGUGGACACGACGACGCCCGUUGCUGUCUCGCUCCUCGUAUCCGAUAACGUCAACGCGGACACCACCCAAGGCACCGAGGCUUUGUUGCGAGCCAAGUUGCAGGGCCGCGGCAUAGAGACUCGAAUGGUUCAUCUGAAGGAUGCCAUCAACUUCGCCAGCCAGCCUAUCAUCUCCCUGUUGGACAUGGGCAAGGACGUCAUCAACAGCUGGACAGCGGAACAGUUCGAGUACAUUCGCCAGCUUAUGGCCAUGGCCUCGCACAUCUUCUGGGUCACGCAGAGUGGUCUUGGUUGCGAACCAUCCGAGGACGGCCUUAAAAGUGCCGGCAUCGCUGGCUUCCUGCGAGUAAUGCGGAACGAAUAUCCCAACGUGAAGCUCGCCCAUCUCGACCUCUCGCCCGCCUUCGACUUUGCAGCCUCGGCGCCGACCAAACUCGUCAUCGAUACGUGGCUGCGCUCCGUCAAUAGUGAUGCAGAGCUGGAGUUGGCCGAGCGGGACGGCCAUCUUUUGCUCCCGCGUGUCGUGGCCGCGCCUGGGGUGGACCAAGAAGUUGCGCUGAGCAUUGGCACAGCCCCCGCCAUCCCAACGGCCUUGGCCCAUCACGCGUCCUUGGAGCCGCAUGAGGGCGCUGGAGGCAAAAGGCUGGUCUGGACGCGUGAUACUGAGGUCGGCGGCCCGCUGGGUUCCGAAGACGUCGAGAUCAGGGUAUCGCACUUGUCGGUGGACUGCGGCCGCUUGGGCCACGGGACAAAACUUCUUGGUAGCUUUAUCACAGGCUGUGUCACUCGGACUGGUCCCUCCGUAUCCGGUCUGUCGUGCGGGGACAUGGUCAUUGCCGUAGGCGGCCGUGACCGCCGCACCCUGAUUCGCCGACCUUGGGCCACGGUUCUACCGCUGCCCCACAAACUUGAUGUCGAGUUUGCUGCCAUCCAAGUCUGGCUGCACAUUACGGCACGGUAUAUCAUAAACCAUAUUUCCCGCGUGGCUCGCCAUGAAGCGCUGCUGAUCCAGGACGGAGCCACUGGCCUCGGACAAGCUCUAAUCCACACGGCCCAGCGUGCGGGGGCCGAGAUUUUCGUCACGGUCGACACUUUUGCUCAGCAGGCGGACCUGAUGCAGCGUUUUGGCCUCCCCAGCAGCUCGGUUGUCGUGAUGGGAGCUCACAUCACCUCACUGGAUGCAUAUCUCCAGAGCAAGGUCGGCCGCAAGGGUUUGCACGUGGUGGUGGCGUCGGCCGCCGGUACGCCACUCGUGCGUCUGCUUAGCUCAACUCUAUCGGAUUUUGCGCGGGUCGCAAUCAUUGGCCCACAAGACACCUCGGGCACCCGGCUGGCAAUCCGGGCCAACAUCCAGAUCACGGCUGUGGACCCGACCCAGCUCCUGCACAAGCGGCCCACGCUUGUCGCCCGACUGUUGGCCGAGGUUUCUGGCGUGUUCGCCGAGGGGGAGGUGCCUGCCAUCUUGCCGCAGACGCGAUUCAGCGUGGCCAAUCUGCCUCAGGCGCUGGCCUGGCUGCAAAAGCCUGACAGCGCCGGCAUCGCGUCGGUGCAUUUUGACAACGACGCCCAAGUGCCCGUCGUGCCCGCGCCGCCGCCACGCCUUCAACUCAACAGCGAGGCAACCUACGUCCUGGUUGGCGGCCUGGGCUCGCUCGGCAUGCGCAUUGCCGACCUGCUGGCCGACCAUGGCGCCAAACAUGUAUCGUUCCUCUCGCGCUCCGGCGACCGUACGCGAUGUGCCCAGCAGCUCGCAGCUCUCGAGGCCCGCGGCUGUGGCGUCGCCAUCUUUGCGUGCGAUGUCGUCUCGGUCCACGCCGUCAAGGACACAAUAGCCGAACUUGGCAAGCUGGGACGCCCCGUCAAGGGUCUUGUCCAGUGUGCGAUGGUGCUCCAGGACAGCAUCUUCGCCAAAAUGACGCACGCGCAAUGGACCGCUGCCUUUGCGCCCAAGGUUGCGGGCACAUGGAACCUGCACAAGGAGCUGCCUGCCGAUAUGGACUUUUUCGUAAUGCUGUCGUCGGUUGUUUCGAUCAUCGGCAACAUGGCGCAGGCCAACUACGCGGCCGGCAACGCCUAUAUGGACGCUCUGGCCCGCUUCAGGCGCGCCCAAGGCCUCCCUGCCGUGUCGAUCAAUGCCGGACUCGUGCGCGAUUCGGGCCACAGCGUCGACGGUUCCAACAUGACCGAGUACCUCGACCGGUUCCGCCACAUUAUUAGCGUGAGCACCGACCUCGACGAGCUCAGCCUGGCUGUUAUCGCCGCGAUGCGUGGCACCACGGCAGACGGGAGCCUUACGCCGCCCCAGUUCGUCUUCACUAUGAGCGACUCUCUCGACCCGACAGUGAACGACACAUGGGCCAUCGACCGCAAGUUCGUCCACCGUCUCGCCAUCUCAGGUAACGCGGCCGGGACCGACAGCGUAGCCGGUCCCGGGGUAGCGGAGACGCUGGCCGCUGCGAGUUCCCUCGACGAGGCCACUGUUGUGGUCUCGGAUUCCCUAAAAAUGCUGCUCGCGCCCGGCCUGAAUAUGCAGCCCAGCGAUGUCAGCGACGAAAGUCCCUUGUAUAAUAUUGGAGUGGACUCUUUCAAGGCUGUCGAGGUACGCAACCGCGUUGUGCGUGAGCUAGAAAGCGACAUUUCCGUUUUCGAGCUGCUGAGUUCCAACACGUUGGCCCAAACGUCCCGCAUCAUUGCGUCGCGGAGCCGACUGGUGCCCGGUGCCGCCCGCACCGAUGGUGGUGACGAAACAGAAGGAGUUAAUUAAAGCAAAAAAAUAGUAAAAGGCUAGUGUUUUCAUUAAAGCUAAUCAUUUUCCGUUGCUUCCAUAGUUUUUAAAAUGGAUAUUUAUAAAAUGAC